CUGGACUCAAUUCUGAAGGUCGCCCAGAAGGAGAGAACAAUGUCCUCUUUACCUGUGCCAUACAAACUGCCUGUGUCUUUGUCUGUUGGUUCCUGCGUGAUAAUCAAAGGGACACCGAUCGACUCUUUUAUCAACAACCCACAGCUGCAGGUGGAUUUCUACACUGACAUGGAUGAGGACUCAGAUAUUGCCUUCCGUUUCCAAGUGCACUUUGGCAAUCACGUGGUCAUGAACAGGCGUGAGUUUGGGAUAUGGAUGUUGGAGGAGACAACAGAUUAUGUGCCCUUUGAGGAUGGCAAACAGUUUGAGCUGUGUAUCUAUGUGCAUUACAAUGAGUAUGAGAUAAAGGUCAAUGGCAUACGCAUUUAUGGCUUUGUCCAUCGAAUCCCGCCAUCAUUUGUGAAGAUGAUGCAAGUGUCCAGAGAUGUCUCCCUGACCUCAGUGUGUGUCUGCAAUUGAGGGAGAUGAUCACACUCCCUCAUGUGAAGAAUCCCUCUUGUUGAAGAAUCCCUCUUUCUACCUGACCAUGGGAUUCCCAGAGCCUGCUAACAGAAUAAUUUCUCUUCACAAUUUCCCCUCCACUUGGUCAUUAAAACAGCACGAAAACUCACA